GAUGAAGUUAAAGCGGACAAUGAUCUUAAAGUUGGUGAUUUGUUGCAAUUUGACUUUGAAAUCAUCAUAUUAGCUACUAACAACUUCUCAGAUGCAAAUGAGCUUGGCAAAGGUGGAUUUGGAAGUGUUUAUAAGGGUACACUCGAUGGACAUGAUGUUGCUAUCAAAAGGUUGGCUACCAAUUCUAAGCAAGGAGAAACAGAAUUCAAGAAUGAAGUAUUGCUUACAGGAAAACUUCAACACCGAAAUUUAGUUAAACUACUAGGUUUUUGUUUACAAAGAGGAGAAAGAUUGCUAAUAUACGAGUUUGUCCCCAAUAAAAGUCUCGACUAUAUCAUAUUUGGUAAAUUACUAUACUUUCUCCAGCCUCAUCUUUGAAGUAUAUAUAUCUGUAAUUUUUGUUUGGAUGAUUAUGUAGAUCCGAUCAAACGUGCAAAUUUAAAUAGGGAAAAGCGUUUCAAAAUCAUUAAGGAUAUUGCUCGUGGUCUACUCUAUCUUCAUGAAGAUUCCCGACUACAAAUAGUUCACCGUGAUCUCAAAACAAGUAAUAUUCUACUGGAUGAUGAAAUGAACCCAAAAAUUACAGAUUUUGGCAUUGCAAGAUUGUUUGCUGCCAAUCAAACCCAUGGCAUGACAAGUACAGUUAUUGGAACUUUUGGAUACAUGGCUCCAGAGUAUAUCAGACAUGGAGAAUUUUCAAUUAAAUCAGAUGUAUUUAGUUUUGGUGUAAUUAUUUUGGAAAUUGUUUGUGGUCGGAGAAACACGAAGAUUCGUGAUGGUGAAUAUAUAGAAGAUCUAAUAAACAUUGCAUGGAAAAAUUGGAAGACAGGGACAAGUUUAGAUAUUGUAGAUCCAAUGUUAGACCAAAGUAUUAAUAAGAAUGAAAAAAUGAGAUGCAUUCAUGUUGGAUUACUGUGUGUUCAAGAAGAUAUAGAUGUAAGACCAACUAUGAGUUCUAUUUUACUAUUGCUUAGUAGCACAUCUUUCCCACUUUCUGAACCUUCUGAACCUCCAUUUUUACUGCAAGCCAAAAAGGCAUUAUCUGUAUCAUUAAGUGACCAAUAUUCAGGUCUCACAAAGUCAAGUGAUUCAGGAUCAGGAAGUCAAUUUACUCAAGUAUCAACAAGUCCUUAGUUACAGAUCAAUAAUGCAUGAUGAUGAAUGAAGUGAUUGUGAAUUGUUUUUUUUAAAAAAAUUCUGUAACAUAAUGUGUUUACUGAUAUUUUGUCUUGUUUUUAUUUAUUCAUUUGGUAUUUGUUUUAGUUGCUUUGUAAUUGUAAUAAGACUCCAGCUACUAGCAGAUCCAUUAA